UACCCCCUCUCUCCUUCCUCUUUCGUAGUGGCUGUGCAACACUCAAUCUAGUCGAGAAAUUGGUCGGGUUUGAAAAAAACUCAUCCACACAGCCAUCAAACCUAAAUCACACCUCCAUCCGUUAGAAAAAUGCCUCCUAAGUUCGAUCCUAAUGAGAUCAAAAUCAUCUACCUCAGAGCAACCGGUGGAGAGGUUGGUGCCACAUCUGCUCUAGCACCUAAGAUCGGUCCUCUUGGUUUGUCACCCAAAAAAGUUGGAGAUGACAUCGCCAAGGCAACAGGGGACUGGAAGGGGUUACGUAUCACUGUCCAGUUGACAAUCCAGAACAGGCAGGCCAAGGUGUCAGUUGUACCAAGUGCAUCAUCACUCAUCAUCAGAGCUCUGAAAGAACCACAAAGGGAUCGCAAGAAAGUCAAAAAUAUCAAACACAAUGGUAAUUUGACCUUGGAUCAAAUUAUUGAGAUUGCCAAAACCAUGAGGCCGCGAUCAAUGGCUCGUUUACUGUCAGGUACUGUCAAGGAGAUCCUGGGAACAUGUCAAUCAGUUGGCUGCACAGUAGAUGGACAGCCUCCUCAUGAUAUCAUUGACAAGAUCAAUGACAAUGAAAUAGAAAUUCCGGAGGAAUAAACCUUGGUUUUCAAUAAAGAA